AUGGCAGACCACGACCGAUCCUCGAGCCCCGCCUCGGGCUCUCCUAGAGACUCCAAAGCUUUCAACGAUGUCGUCACCCCGCCACACCUCGAGUCGCCGGAGCGCACUGCCCACAUCGCCGCCGUCGAGAAGCGCCUCAAGCGCAAGAUGGACCUCCAGCUCGUCCCUCUCUGCUUGAUGAUCUACCUGCUCAGCUUCUUGGACCGCACCAACAUCGGCCAGGCGAGGCUCAAUGGCCUCGAGAAGGACCUCAACAUGAGCAAAGACGGCAAAGACUACCGCAUCGCUCUGACUGUCCUGUACGUGCCAUACAUCCUCUUCGAGAUCCCCUCGAACCUCGUCCUCAAGAAGAUCGGACCCUCGAUCUGGAUCCCCUCGCUGCUGGUGGCGUGGGGCCUCGUCUCGACGCUCCAGGGCAUCGUCCACGACAAGACCGGCCUCUACAUCAACCGUGCCUUCCUCGGCUUCACAGAGGCAGGCGUGCUCCCCGCCCUCGCCCUCUACCUCACCUUCUUCUACAAGCCCCACGAGCUCAACCUCCGACAGGCCCUCUACUUUUCCGGCGCCUCCCUCUCCGGUACCUUCGGCGGACUCCUCGCCACCGCCAUCUCGCAGAUGGCAGGCGUUGGAGGCAGAUCCGGCUGGUCCUGGAUUUUCAUUUUGGAAGGUAUCUUCACCAUCGUCUUCGGUUUGGCAGCGUUCUGGAUGCUGCCGAACGAUAUCACGAAGCUGUGGUGGGUGACGCCUGAAGAGGCGGAGCUGGCGCGUACGCGUAUGCUGCCCGCCCCGGAAAAGCCGGUGGAGGGCGGUCUCGAGGCUGCCGGCGACAAGGUGGCCGACCGGGACGUCCUCGGUGCCACUCGCGCCACGGCCGUGGUCGACCAGCAGGAGAAGCACGAGGUGACGGGCAGCUACGUCUUGUCCGAGGUCAAGCGGACGCUCCUCGACCCUCUCGUCCUCCUGUUUGCCGCGUCGGGGUACGCCUACGCCACGCUGCUCUACUCGGCCGCCUUCUUCUCGCCCACCAUCAUCAAGGCCAUGGACAAGUACACCGUCAUCCAGUCCCAGCUGCUCUCGUGCCCGCCCACUGCGGCCGCCUUUAUCGUUUCGGUCGCCGUGGCCUUUGCAUCGGACAGGUACAAGUGGCGCUACCCCUUCGCCGUCGGCUGCAUCAUCCUUGCCAUCAUCGGCACCAGCGUCGCCUACACCGCCAUCGACCCCAAGAUCCGCUACGGAGGCCUCAUCAUCCUCACCUGCGGCACGUAUAGUAUUCCUCCUAUCGGCAUCAGCUGGAUGCUCAACAACACGGCCAGCCACUACAAGCGGGCCACGUCGAUCGCCCUCUACAUUGUCUUUACCAACUGCGGCGGCAUCACGUCGACGUGGCUCUUCAACAACAACGAGGCGCCGCGGUUCGAGCGCGGCUUCCUCGUCAACCUCUGCCUCUGCUGCGCCGCCAUCGUCCUCGUCACUGUCGCCGAGCUGCUAAUGGUCAUGGAGACCAAGAAGCGCAAGGCCGGCAAGCGCGACCACCGCGUCACUGAGCUUCAGGCCAAGGGUUGGUCCGACGCCCACAUCAAGGACUACCUCGGUGACCGACACCCGCAGUUCGAGUACACCCUCUGA